CAGAAUUCUUUCGCCCAAAGUCGACAGAUCUCCAACAAAACUCAGACUCGGAUCAAACCGGUUCGUUGAGCAUGUUGACCAUACACUGGUACAGAUUGCAAUGGCAGCAGUUCUGGCAACAUACGCUUGAAGUUGAAGUUGAAGUGGGGAUAUGGAUUGAUAUCAUUUAAUCAAACAAAGAGCGACUUCCUUUCCCCCUGAGGGCGCCUGUCUUUCUCUCUGCAAUCUGCUGUCUCUCGCAAUGGCGACGCGAAGAGCAAACAUACGCGACAUGUCUGCAAGAGAAGUGGCCUCCCUCUUGCAGUCAAAGGACUACCCCACAUUAGCCCAGGUCGUUCAGCAGCUUACAUUUCUUGCCGCCGGCAAUCUGCGCAAGGGCCAGGCACCAGAAGACGUAAUCCCAUCUCAAGCAAGGAGGGUGCAACCUGAAGAAGAGAGGGAUGAUUCUAGAACCGCUGCCUCAUAUCUGCUCUCAGAGAUAGCGGCUCUGAACGGGGGCGCAGUAAUCAAGCAACUUUUGAAGCAGUUUCUGGAGGUGGACGAGCGGGAGAUUGUGAGGGGGGCGGUGAAUGGAGACUCUCUUGCAUUCCAAUCAGGGAUGGCGCUUGGUCCCUUGAGCAGCCACAAGCCUGUCGCCAGGCUCAUUCUGCAGCAUUGCAAUGUGGAAAAGCUCGUCGACAGGUUUGUUGUCUGCUUAGAGCAAAGCUGUAAGCCCGGGAUAGAAGGUCCCGGGACGUACUUACCUCUUGUGUUGAUUGCCUUCCCAGCACUUGCGCACAUGGUCCGAGCAUCUAGAGAGCUCCGUGCUGAGAUGCGGAAGCACGACGAGAUCUUCAAGGCGCUGCAUGAGGUUUUGUCAGAGCGGAUUCUUAAAACGCAACGUCCAGAUAACCAGAACGCCCUAAGGGGCCGCUUAUCAGAGUUUCUUAAUAACGUUGCCACGUGCAAGGACCUCGAAACAUGGUUGAUAGGGCAGGGGUAUGUAGAGGCUAUCGCACGCAUCUUCGCAACAUCGCAAGGGCGACCAUUCGACUUGGCAACACAAAUUGUGGGGGAUCAAGCAACCAUGAGGUGCUUCAUGGGGUUCACACAGAUGCUGGAGAAUCAGGAGGUUUGCAGGCUUGUAAGAGAACGAAGGGGAAUAGAGAUCUUGACCCCCGUGUCUGGCACAAUCAGAGGUAUAGGCCCGGGAAUCUGGGAGACCAUGCAGGCCCAAAUCAGAGGAUUUGGCGCAAGGCAAUAUACACCUGAGGAAAGGAAAGAAACUAGGAAGGUCGCAAACCAUGAUCUUAGCACCCCAAAAGUGUGUGCAUACCCCGGGUGCGGUGCCAAAGAAGACCCCUUCUUGAAGAUCACUCUGAUGGUAUGCGGGCGGUGCCAUAUGGCAUACUAUUGCGGCAAGGAGCAUCAAAGGUUGCAUUGGAAAGAGCACAAGAAGGUCUGCACAUAGCCAAAUGCAUUUGCCAAUUGAAAGUCCAAUCCUAUGGCAAAAGCAAUGCAAAAGUUGGUAUUGAAACCCACAUAUUCUAAGAAAACACAGCAUCGGUAUCUAGAUACACCAAUAUCUGCUCAUGAACUCUAUGGGUUUCGUUAUACUAGCGUUAGGAUAGGUACUCGGAAAAUGCAUUCUCCGGCGUUAUACCUGCAAUACGAUAGAUGCUCGGAAAACGCAUUCACGUAUGUCUCAGUCGAC